AUGUUUGUAUCCAUCCUUCUGUCCCGCUUCUCCUUGCUUUCGCUGACUUUAGCUGGCAUUGUAAGCUGUGGCUCUAGCUAUAGGAAUGGCAAGCCAAACUUCGUCUUCAUCAUCACGGAUGAUCAGGACCUGCACCUUGGUUCGCUUGAUUACAUGCCUUUGGUAAAGAAGCAUCUUGGAAAGCAAGGCGGGUACACGAAGUUCAUCUCACAAGGAUUGAACGAUAAAUAUCUUCCAGUAUGGCUGCAAGAGGCUGGAUACGAUACCCACUACACUGGCAAACUCAUGAACGGCCACUCGACUUCGACCUGGAACAAACCUCUGCCUGCCGGCUGGAACAGUACCAAAUUCCUGGUCGAUCCUGGUACCUACAUCUACUGGAACGCAACAUUUCAAGAGAAUCAAUCACCUCCAGCACCGGCUCCAGGUCAAUACAACACAGAUCUCGUGAAAGAACAAGGCCUGGCUUUUAUUGACGCCGUUUCCAAAACCGAUAGGCCUUUCUUCGUUGGUAUUGCACCAAUCGGUCCCCACGCUGAAUUUACCGGCUCCAGGCCUUUCACGAAGCCGGUCGGCGCAACAAGACACCAGAAGCUCUUCCUGGAUGCUAAAGCGCCCAGAACUAGCAAUUGGAAUCCUGACGAACCAAGUGGGGCCAGCUGGAUCUCCAAACUAAAGAAAUUGAACGAUACAGUCAUCGACUUUCACGAUGAGUGGCACGUCGGCCGUCUGCAAUCAUUGCAAUCUGUCGAUGAACUCAUUGACGAAGUUUUCCAACGUCUGGAGCACUACAAUCUUCUGGAUAACACAUACGUGAUUUUCACCUCCGACAACGGUUAUCAGCUCCAACCCGGAAAGACCUGCGCUUUCGAAGAAGACAUCAAUGUGCCGUUCUACGUGCGCGGCCCCAAUGUCCCUAAGGGCAAGGCGGUCGAUGUAGUCACUACGCAUACGGACAUAGUGCCUACGCUCUUCGAGCUUGCUGGUAUCGAUCAACGCAGCGACUUUGAUGGUCAGCCGAUUCCGGUAACGAGCAAGGCGAUUGCUCAGCAAGCAAAGAACAAGAAACGCGAUCACGUCAAUGUUGAGUUUUGGGGUGAGGGCGGCGACGAGGGCAAAUACGGGCUCGAUGCACCAAACAACACAUAUAAGGCAGUGCGUAUCAUCGGUGAACGCUAUAACCUCUUAUACACUGUUUGGUGUACAAAUGAGCAUGAGCUAUACGAUAUGACCAAAGAUCCCGGCCAACUCAACAACCUGGUCACUCCCUCCAAACGGCGUACCCUUGUUCUCAAACAGCCCAUCUCCAAACUCCAAGCCCGACUCGACGCCCUUCUACUCGUGCUCAAGACCUGCAAAGCCUCUUCCUGCACCGACCCCUGGUCUGUCAUCCAUCCCGAGGGCGACGUUGUGAACCUGGAAGACGCACUGGCUUCCAAGUACGAUGGGUUCUAUGCUAAGCAGCCGAAAGUCUCGUUCUCGAAGUGUGAAUUGGGACAGAUUCUGAGCUCGGAGGGGCCGCAGACGGGCAACUCGUAUCAAGGGGGAGAGCUUUGGCCGCACUGGGUGUAA